GUUUUACCAUGGGAUCCAAAACUCAUAAAGUCAAUGGAAAGACCUACACUGACUAAAAAAACCAACAAAAUCCCCACCUUUGAAUCAGGCCCUUACUGUGGCCAAACUAGUGACCCUUUCUAAUUUCUAUCUCCACUCACUUUGCACUGAUCAACCGGCAUUAUAAAUGAGAAUUCCAGGCAAAAAGAGGUAUGGUUUGGCAUGUACCUGACAAGGUGAUGUUGCCUUCCUGGAGCUGCCCAUCUUGGUUCCUCUGUUCUCCUAGCACCUGGCGUGGCAUGGCCAACAUGGACAGGAAGGUUAUCAGUAGCCAAGAGCCUGGCCCACCUUCCAGAGGAGAGAGGGCAAGGGAGGAGAUGUUUGCUCACCUCAUGAAUAGGUCCCACCAGAAGGCAAAAAUCCCAAAGGAAUGGAGAGAAGCAUUCAUCCUGCAAGACAAGAAAGAGAGAGAGGAGGACAAAAAGCCUGCCAAGAAGCUGUUAAAGGAGCACAUGGAUCAACUGGACACAGAAAGGGACUUGCAGGGAAGGAUGUCGGACAUGAUGCAAAUGCAGACGAGUUUCCUGGGGAGCAUGGUUGCACUGUGCUCAUGGGGAACACUCCGACAUAGUCCUCUCCUGCAGCUGGCUGAGAACACAGGGCACCGAGAGCCUUCUUUCAGUCACACAGCUGCAGGACACAGACUGUUCCCAUGCCAUCCCACCCCCCAAAACAAGGUGAACAGCUACCAUCCCACCUAUGGAGCUUUUGUGCACAAACAUGUUGGCUCUGUACUGUGGCUAUUUCUGCACCAUUUUAGUUGGUUUUGAGUUUGCACUGUCUUGAUAGG